ACAGGGCGAAGGAAGUUUCAUUUGGCUCUGUGGUGCUUAACUAAAGUUUUCCCCGGAGUCACAGUGGGGGAUUAGACAUUCUGUGAAAUUGUAACGCUGGAGAGACUGAUCCAGCGGUGGAGGGAACCAUCGUUUUCUUCGGCGUUGAAAGAACAAGUACGUCUGUGAGAUUAGUAGAGGACCGCAAAGGAUUUUUUCUCCCACUUUCCAACCCCCUCUUUCCCAAAUCCUCCGACCCCCUUCUCGAUCCGAGAUGGGGAAGGAGCAGGAACUGCUAGAGGCGGCGCGCACAGGAAAUCUUGCCGCCGUGGAAAAGCUUCUCUCUGGGAAACGACAAUCGACUGGAAGUGGAAGUGGAUCAUCGGGGACUGGUGGAAGCAGCAAUAGCAGUGGUCACAAUGCUUCGCACCCGCUUUCCAGCCUUCUCAGUAUCUGGCGGGGUCCUAAUGUGAACUGUGUGGACAGCACUGGAUACACUCCUCUACACCAUGCAGCCCUAAACGGACACAGUGAAGUUGUGGAGUCACUGUUACGUAACGAGGCCUUGACCAACAUCGCCGACAAUAAGGGCUGCUACCCCCUGCACCUGGCCGCAUGGAAGGGGGACCAACGGAUCGUCAGGCUGCUCAUUCACCAAGGCCCCUCACACCCCAAACUCAACGAGCAGAGCUCCUCUGUAGAGCACAAAGAGUUGAAACGCUGUGGGCCCUUUGACCUGCAUAUUAAUGCCAAGAACAACGACAACGAGACCCCUCUCCACUGUGCCGCGCAGUACGGCCACACCCAGGUGGUGCGUCUGCUGCUGGAGGAGCUGACCGACCCCACCAUGAGGAACAACAAGUUUGAGACGCCGCUGGACCUGGCGGCGCUCUACGGCCGUCUGGAGGUGGUCAAGCUGCUGCUCACCGCCCACCCCAACCUGCUCAGCUGCAACACCAAGAAACACACGCCGCUGCACCUGGCCUCACGUAACGGUCACCUGGCCGUGGUGGAGGUGCUGCUGGACGCUGGCAUGGACAUCAACUAUGAGACGGAGAAGGGCAGUGCCCUCCAUGAAGCGGCACUCUUUGGGAAAACCGAUGUGGUGCAGAAACUUCUGAGGGAAGGGGUUAAUGUCAACAUGGUGGACAACAAGGGCCUGACUGCGCUGGACACUGUCAGAGAGAUGCCCUCUCAGACGAGCCGGCAGAUAGCAGCUCUAAUUCGGGGUCAUAUGUCAGGAAAUCCCCCUGUUUUGGACUUGCCUCCUCCCCCUCUCCCUCCACCUAAUGAGAGCCCUAGUCCGAGGAAAAAAGGUGAGAUGGAGGUGGUGAGUGCACUGCUCUCGGGGCUGGCCCCGGGGCCUGAGGAAGAGAGCCCGUAUGAGGCUCUGUUUGAGGCCACCUCCUGUCAUUCUCUAGACAGCCUGGCUAGCGGGAAGUCAUCCGACAGGGACUCUGGACGGCCUGACAGUGAAGCUGGAAAGAAAGACCGGCUGGCUCACCAAUCCCAACCUGCCCCAGGCCAUGUAGAGGAGCUUAGCUCAGAGGCCCUAUUCACUAACAGCAGCAUCGAUGAGAGGGGGAAGACUGAGGAGGAGGAUCACACUUAUGAACUGCUGCUGUCCGCCCAGACCAAAGUCCCCCAGUCCGCACUGGACCCCCCAUCCCAGAAAGAUGGGAACACUACAGUCAAACAGUCUUCCAACAGUCUCCUACCUCAGCAGCAGAAGCCCACUGCCCCUAGUGACCUCAGACCACCAGGCGAGACGGACAACACUCUGAAGCUCCCCGGACCUUCUGUGGUUGGCCCUGGACGGACGGGACUCCGCUCCACUGGCGAUAACUCCCUACUCGGCCAGGACCUAGUUGCAGUACCUGAAGUGUUCACAGGCCUCUUGCACGGCUCCUCGCCUGUCUUUGACUGUCAGGUGGAGCCCCUCAGCAGGCUGCCAGGUGGGGUACUGACACAGUCCAGCCAAGGCCAACAGCCGGCGCCAGCUCCAACGGUACCCACCAAAACAACAGAAGCUCCGCCUCUGCCUCCUCCAAACAUCAACAUGGCUGCCAUCCUGACAGACUGUGACCCCAAAGCCAUCUAUGCCACAGUGUCUAAGGGGGUGCCCAGGGACAGAGACAGAGACAGGAUGAGGGACUUUGGGUCUGGGGCUGUGCCUGCUGGCAGGAUGCGUCCCCCUGGGGACCUGAAGCUGGCCCGCAGCCUCUCCAAGUCGGACUCGGACCUGCUGGUAUCGCCGCCUAGCGAGGAGGAGGGAGGGCUGGGCAGCCGGAGUGAGUCCGUCUCCAACUGCAGCGCAACCAAGAAGCGGCUGGAAAAGUCGCCCUCUUUCGCCUCUGAAUGGGACGAGCAGAUACCUCCCACACUACCUCCUCGGAGAUCUCAGUCCUCUGAAAGUAUUGAGAAGAUCAUGACACUGAUUGGAGCAGGCAUCGAUUUCUCCAGAGACCAGCAGUACGCUACCCCAGGUGGGGCGGUUGGGCGGCUGCUGGAUCAGCCCGUGGGAGACUGGCUGGAACACGUGGGGCUGCCGCAGUACGAGAGCAAGCUGCUGCUCAACGGCUUCGACGACCUGCACUACAUGGGCAGUAAUGUGAUGGAGGAACAGGACCUGAGGGAGAUAGGCAUCACUGACCCAGGACAUCGAAGGAAGAUCCUGCAUGCAGCUCGGUCCCUGCCAAAAGUGAAGGCCAUGGGCUGUGACGGAAGCAUCUCUCUCUCCUCCUGGCUGGACCUCCUGGGCCUGCAGGAGUACCUCCACAACUUCCUGUCCAGCGGAUACCGCAGCCUCGACUGUGUCAAGAACCUGUGGGAGCUGGAGAUUGUCAACGUACUGAAAAUCACCCUGCUGGGACACAGAAAACGCAUCAUCGCCUCGCUGGCAGAACGGCCCUAUGAGGAACCUCCUGUCAAGCCCCCCCGCCUGUCCCAGAUCAGGUGUCAGGACCUGGUAUCCCAGACCUCCUCUCCCAUCAGUCACAUGGACUCCUACGCGGGUCGUUCCAUGGACCCCCUCCUGCCGUUGGGGGAGCCUGGGAGGAGGAAGGGGCCUGACCCAGCCUACGAUGUGGACCCCCACCGGCCCCGCAGUGGAAGACACCGCUCACAUGAGAGGUAUGAGGAGUGGCAUCGGGAGCCCCGUCUGACCCUACGACCCCCCAGCCUGGCAGCACCUUACACCCCUGUACAGAACUGGCACCACCAGCCUGAGAAGCUCAUCUUUGAGUCCUGUGACUAUGAAGCCAAUUACCUGGGAUCUAUGCUCAUCAAGGAGCUACGUGGGACAGAGUCCACCCAGGACGCCUGUGCCAAAAUGAGGAGGUCGACAGAGCAGAUGAGGAAGGUCCCCACCAUCGUCCUCUCCAUCACAUACAAAGGGGUGAAGUUCAUUGACGCAGCCAAUAAGAACAUCAUAGCUGAGCAUGAGAUCCGGAACAUCUCGUGUGCGGCCCAGGACCCAGAGGAUCUGUGCACAUUUGCCUACAUCACCAAGGACCUGCAGACCAACCACCACUACUGCCAUGUGUUCAGCACAGUGGACGUGAACCUGACCUAUGAGAUUAUCCUGACGCUGGGACAAGCUUUUGAGGUGGCCUAUCAGCUGGCUCUCCAGGCCCAGAGGACCAAACAGCACCAGGUCAUCCCAGCAGGACCUGGGACAGAGGUCAUCGAGACCAAAUCCAGCCGGCCCGUUCCUAAACCACGGGGCAGCGUAAGAAAAUUAGGGGUGGACCCGUUGGAGCUGGUGGGGGACUCCCAGUCCCAGGGCAGUGCCACAUGGCUGGUGGACCCCGUUCCCAAGGACUCCAAGAGGACCAUCAGCACUAAGUACGAGACCACCAUAUUCUGAGUAGACCUGCCUCCUCACCUCUCCUCUCCUGACCUUUUACCUUGGAUCUGACCUCCUAAUCUACUGUUCCUUUCCUCCUCUCCUUCUCCUUCUGUGUGCCUUUCAAUGUGACGCUGCCUGUCUCCACUCCAGGCCUGACCCCUGCUCUCCUGUCUCCCUCCACCUCCUUUCCUCUCCCCUGCCAAUGUUGGACCCUGCUGUCUGAGAGGUUCAACCCCCCCCAGUUAGUCUACCACAUGUUCCUUCUGCUCUCCUCGCCACUGCGCUGUCUUCCCACAACCACAGCCCUGACUGUGGGGACUAACUGCUACUGGAAUCUCUCCUAACUGGAACACUCACCUCUGUCUUCCCUCUAAUGAAUUAGUCCUGCCAACUACUGGGCCCUGAAUCCUUCCAACCUUCUCUAUGAUUGUGAAGCAAUCAUCAACCGUUCCCCAGGCAUUUACUGUAGUUCCUCUUGCCUUUAUGACCAAGAAGCAUGAGACCUUAUCCUUCCACAACAUUCCCUCUGUUUCUUUUUCUCAUGAACACUGUGCUUCCUCACAUUCACAUUGGCACUGCAUUAGCCCUGCUUUCAAUUUUGUAAUGUAUGGUGCUGUUAUUUGUAGCAUUUACCAAUGCUAAUAGGCUCAGUGGCAUUAUCUGACAGAUCCAGUACAGUAGCUGUGAAGUGUGUAAGACAGCAAAUGUAAUCCACAAGUCACUGAUUAAGUUUGUUAAGUGGUAGCGAUCUUCCAUUCUUCCUACAGUACCUUCUCACCACUCUAAUUUACCUCUUACUCACAAACUACUAUCCCCCAAACUCUCUUAGAACAAUCCUUCAUUUUUCCUUCUAUAUAUCCCUCCUUUCUUUUUCAUUCCUUUUACUCAUCAAUCUUGUUUUCUCCUCUGGGUGCUUUUCCUGCUCUACCAGGCGACGGCCACUGUGAGAUGCUCUUGAAGAACUUUCCCUCCUUGUUUUCUGAACAAUAAUCUCCUGACUCCAGUGUUCAGAAAAAAAUCUAUGAUUCUCUACAGCCGAGGAUCAACUACCUGGAUGAACAUUGUUUUCUCGAAGAAUCUGUAAGAGACCGGCUGUUCCAUUGUUCUAACUCUACACACAUUAGUAGGAACAUUGCCUGUUUCCCUGCAAGGGGAUGGAUGACAACCUUGUUGCACAGGACUAAACUCUAAACUCAUUCCCCCUGGGAUUGGUCCAUUUGGGUUAACAGGGGGAAGGGCACGUACAUGCGUAUCCUGUCAGACUUAUUUACAUUCUUUGUGUCGGUUUACCGGAAACUGUCUGGGAAAACUGUCCCUCUGUGUCAGGCUGCCAAAGGAGGCUGGAGCCCAGCACUGUGAUAGGAGAUCUCUAUUGGGAACUAAUGGAGUUAACAUUGACAGGGCCUUUUGUUAGGGAACAACGGUGCGCAGGAUAGGACACAGAGGCUCACACAGAAUAUAGUGUCUUACGUAGAGGAGCUCACUGUUAUAGACAGACAGCCUAGUGGGACAUCUAUUUGAGCAUGCCUUUCUCUGUUUAUGACUGAGAUGACUUUGAUUUAAUAUCUAGUGCAAUCCUAAUUUGGAGUGUCAUGAGCACUUUUUGUGAAUGCUUGGACGCUGGGAAAAUAUUGUGUGCAUCCAAGAUGAAAUGAAGAGAAAUUGAAUUGACUGUUCAUUUAAUAGAGUAAGAACCAAAGAGAUGCCGAAAUGCGUGAAUUCUGCUCUAGCCAGCCGUAAUAGACCUGGGUGAUGGUCUUAGGGUAAUAACUCAGCCUAGCUGGUACAUCAGUCAAUAUACAGCUGAUUAGUGCCAGUAACCUUAAUGACGAGGAAGAGAGCUCAUUAAAUCUCUGUGGAGAGGAGAGGUUAUAUGAAAUACAUAAAAAAAUAAAUAUAUAUAUAUAUAUACCAUUGUUCACAAUCCAAGCAUGUCUUAAUGGACUGAAAGAGGAAGGCAUUAGGUUGGCAAGGCACUGAUUCUACAUAUAGACAUAAUACAAGUACAUUACUUACUGUUGCUGUGCUAGGUUCAGCUCAUUAAGUGUUCAAAUCACUGUUCACAUCCAUCUAAAAUUCAAACUCAUUGCCAUAUUCCAAAUAGUGUUAAGACCCAAUCAACCCACUGUUGAAACUUAAACCCAGCGGAAUGGGGGACUUCCCUUUCCUUCUUUUCCUUUUCAGAGCUCAUGUCUUGAUGUUCAUGUUGUCAUUAAUGGAUGUCUGUCUGUUUGAUUUAGAAUCCACCCUGCCUCAGUCAAUAUUCAGAGUGCUAACACUGAAGCGGCAGUUGAUCAUUAUCUAGAAAAAUCCAUAAUUUUUAUAUCUCCUCCGUUUAGUUUUCAGUUGGCUCCGUCAUGUUUUUACAUUAUUUUAACCCCAGUGCUGUGUUGGUGUGUAUCUCCCUUCCAUGUAGCUGACUACCAUGACCAGACACCCAGCCAGAGUGAGAGGUCAGGGGUGCCCAGACCAAUGGUAUUUUGUUGUGGGGCAGGAUGCCCUUUUGGAACCAAGAGAAAGGUCAAGCCCACUUUCCAUGCACCCCUCCACCCACUGGGGGUUUUGCUUGCAUACACCAGGAAGGCCCUACCUGCUCUCUGCCGCCCCCGGCCCUCUCCUCAUCCUCCACUUCUUCAGCUCCAGGGGUCAGCGCUGUAGCUCUGUAGCAGACAGACAGGAAGUCAGCUAUUGGCUUCUUCCACCCUGUCCUGUCCUUUGACCACUGUGACUGACUGCCCCCAGGUAGUAAACCGAAUCAACCAACACCCUCACUGCGUCCACUUACAUAUACUGAACAAUGGACUCAAUAUGUCAAAACCUGGUCAGUUAACUAGAGCUCACAAAGGUGGGUGUUUGUUUGGUACGUGUCCCUCUUUCAUUGUGAAGCACUCAACUUCAACAUCCCUCAUCUGUUUUUGGUACAAAUGAAACAUGUUUAUCCUUUACAGGCCUGUGAAUGCUGUUCAGACAGACAGGGUAUUCUAUUUAUGGGUGCGAGAGUGACAAGUUCCCAGUUGUUUUUUUCCAAGACAUUUUGUGACUUGUUUAUCCAUUCCAUGAGAGGUGAAGAUGGUUGCCUCCUCUAGAUUGGUGCCUCAAACAACUCCUCCUCAGAGAGGCCUUUCCCAUACACUUAAAUGUGUCUUCACUGAGGACUACGCUAACCUACUCUUUACUCUGACAGUGAUAGUAAUCAACAUAAAUUAUAGAUUUUUGAGCAGGGAAAAUUGAGAUCCUACCUGACUAUCUCAAUGCAAUGCCUAUGGGAAAUGAGAGACAUAUUUGGGAAGAAUUGGGUAAAAUGAUUACCAUGUGAGAUGCAGCAGUACACUCACAAGGCUCUCCUGUCCAUCCAUCCAAGCACCAGGUCAGCGACAUCAAAGCAUCUCUUCCUUAUUUUCAUUUCCUCAUUCAUAACAUACAGAACUGUGAUAAAUAAUGGAAUAGUGUGCGGGAGGAAUUUUGGACUGCUGUUAAACUGACACUAGAGAUCAUAUUUAAACAGGGUGAAUGGCUUUUAUUUGAUAAAAAUAAUAAUAAUGUAUUGUCUUUUUGUAUGUUUUAACUGUCCUGAUGCUGGAUACUAUAUGACCAGGCUGGUGUUGGGAGGUAGUCCUACUAAUUGCAUUUUAUUCCCCCUCACUUUAUUUCUGAAUUAAUUUUGAACUAGUCAAACCACAAAACCAGUAAUGUACGAUUUUAGGUACAAUAAUGUAACAAGCAUUUUCUCCCCACACGCUGUCUCUCCUGGUACUCUGUGGGCAGCUAGUGAUGAACCUCUGUUGGUAUGUUGACUAGUUAUGGUACACUCAAUAUGGUACACUGGCUUCAACUGGUUGAUAGCACCUGCAGCCAUCAACCUGGUCCCAUCUUCGCAUUUGCACAUUUACUAAGGAUCAUCGGUAGUACAAUGUGACUAUUCUGAUGAUAUUGAUGAUGAGAACAAUAUUGGAUUGUAAAUUAAUCUCUAGCAGUCUGUAUUUUGAUACUUGAAUGAUUUUGCUUUUAUAGAUAUCUAUAUAUGUAUCUAUAUCUAUAUAUCUAUAUAUAUAUAUAUAUGUAUAUGUGUAUAUAUAUAGAUAUAUAGAUAUAUAUAUGUGUAUGUAUGUGUGUAUGUAUGUAUGUAAUUUUUUUUCCACAUUUGUCGUAAAGAGAAAAAGGACUGUGUCUUAUAAAGUUCAACAUAUCAUGAUACCCAACGAUUGAAAACAAACAGAGAAAGAACUUGGAGCGACCGCACUAAAGAAACAAAAAAAAAAGAUUGUAAAUAAUCUUGGGCUUCCAGUCUUUUUAUGAUUAUUAUUUUUCAUAAUUGUACAACUAAUAAAUGAAGAGAUGAUGAACCAGA